CAAAAAUACCAUGAUUGUUCAUAGAGGGAAGCUUCCCGUAACAGUGCAACCCUUAUUUUAUGAGUAGGAAGAGAUCAAAAAUGUCUUCCAGUGGCACUCUCAGCAACUGCUAUGUGGACGCGGUCAUGGGGCAAGAGCCGGAGGAUGUGUACGGUGCUCGCUUCCUUCAGGCUCCGCACACGGUGACCCCGAGGCCGCCAGGUGCCGGGGACAACGCAGACUUCUCCUCUUGCAAUUUUGCACCAAAGUCCACCGUUUUCUCGUCGUCAUGGUCCUCGGUUCAUCCGCAGGGGAUCUAUCAUCCGUACGUGCACCACCACCACCACCAGUCACAUUUGCCCGCUUCAGACGGCAGAUAUGUCGGGGUCCGCUCCUGGAUGGAGCCCAUCUCUAACCACGUUUCCUUCGCCGGAUUCCACGCCAGUAGUCGUAGCUCGUAUGGGACAAAGCCCGAGGCGCUGCAGCCGCCGAAAGCCGCCGAAUGCGACGCGUUGGAGGCAGAAGCUCGGCCGGAGUUCACGUGCGGAGGAGCGUCGGAGUGCGCGGAGAAGGCGAGCAAAGAGCACAGUGGAAGUGAGCAUUCGAGCCACAGCGAGUCCAAAGAGGAGAAACAACAACAACUUGACCCAAACAACCCAGCAGCGAACUGGAUCCACGCGCGCUCCACGAGGAAGAAGCGGUGCCCGUACACCAAAUAUCAGACUCUCGAGCUGGAGAAGGAGUUCCUCUUCAACAUGUAUCUGACCAGAGACCGACGCUACGAGGUGGCCCGCAUUCUCAGCCUGACCGAGAGACAAGUGAAGAUCUGGUUCCAGAACAGAAGGAUGAAAAUGAAGAAGAUGAACAGGGAGAGGAGCGGCGGCAGGGAGCAGCUAUAAGCGCACGGACUGCUGCUGCUGCUGCUGCUUCUGCCAUUUUCAUACAUUCUUGACGUUUCUACCAACAAAGCCAUGAUGUGAACAUUUCACAAUAAUUAUUAUUAUUAUCUUUUCCUACAGGAGCCCCAGUAGCCAUCUCUUAGGCGUCUUAAAAAACUUAAACACUGAGUAAUGUUGAUGGCCAUUGUGCAGGGAGUGACUCUGGUGCACAAAGGAUACGUUGGAUUUUUCCUUUUUUGUUUUGUUUUACAAGUUUGCACCGUCACAAACUGGGAUGUUCACGGAGUUCCAGCUUUGUUAAAAAAAGAAAAAAGGCAAAAAAAAUAGAAAACGUGUCCAUGU